AUGGAAGAAGACAGCCAGACCAGCUCGCACGAUCAUGUUCGCGCUUGGAGGGAAGGGUCUGCUCUCCCCCAGGGAGCACCGCCUUCCCGCCCACCGAGUCGUGCGCCCAGCGUCCGUUCGGGUAGGGAACCUUCCGUCCCUAGGCAGGAGAAGCAUAAGCCGGAAAGCGUCUUCACCCUUGCGGGACUUAUCGGUUCUGGCCCGAAACUGAGCCGGCGGCCAAGUCAGAGUUCGCGCAAGAGCGAUAGCGAGCGCGGUGCGCCCUCUGCUUAUGGUCCCCCGGGGCCGGUGGGGCUUAGCACGGAUAGCGUGGCGAGCUUGACGAAGAAGUAUGGGUAUUGUGAGAAGGUGGCGAUUGGCAAGGGGGCGACGAGUGUCGUUAGGCUUGCGCAUAAGUGGGAGAGGGGAAGCGAGGAGAAGCUGUAUGCUGUCAAGGAAUUCAGGAAACGACGCAAGAACGAGACGGAAAAAGAAUACGUCAAGAAGCUCACCGCGGAAUUCUGUAUCUCCUCCACGCUCCACCAUAUCAACGUCGUCGAGACCGUCGACCUAGUGCAAGACGAACAACACCAUUGGUGCGAAGUGAUGGAGUACUGUGCUGGGGGAGACCUUUAUGCUGCGAUCAAGAAAGGAGGCAUGUCGAGGGAGGAAGUGGAGUGCUGUUUUGGACAGAUAUUGAGAGGCGUUAAUUAUCUCCAUUCGCAGGGGGUGGCGCAUAGGGAUAUCAAGCCCGAGAACCUGUACUUCAACGCCAAAGGUCAUGUCAAGAUUGGAGACUAUGGAGCUUCGACGGUGUAUAGGUUGCCUUGGGAAGCGACGAUCCAUAUGAGUACAGGACUCUGCGGGUCAGAACCGUACAUCGCUCCCGAACAAUUCCUUAACAAGCCGUACGACGCAAGACUGGUCGAUAUCUGGGCAUGUGCGAUCGUCUUCUACUGCCUACACUUCCAAGAACUCCCCUGGCGAGUCGCCCAGCUCACAGACCCUUUGUACGCAGCGUACUCCGCCGCCUGUCUCAGCUCCUCAUCGAACAACCCCUCUUCUCUGCCUCCUACUGUCUCCCUCUUGUCGCCCAGAGCUUGCAGACCGCUCCUGAGGAAGAUGCUAGAGCCGGACCCGAAACAGAGAGCGCUGAUCGAGGAUUGUUUAAGGGAUCAGUGGUUUGUGAACGUGGAGGUUUGUACGGAACCGUUGAGGGAGGGGAGUAAGGGUCAUAGGCAUGUGUUGCCGGGGUUGGCGCCGUGA